AUGAAACAUAAUUUCUCUAACGUGUUAGAACAACUGCACUCAACUACUGAUAUAAUUUCAGGUGGCCAUAGACUCAAGAAUACUGCUGUACCAACACAGAACUUACCUGGUGAAUAUGACUACGGUUUGAUAAAGAAGUACAACGAUUAUGACAAAUUACAAAUUGGUCGACCAAAAAAAUUAGUAUCGCACUCUAGUUCAGAAAGCUGUUUGGAAAUGGACAUUAAUGAACACAUAGACCAAUUCGAUUCGUCGUCUUGUGAUGAAUUGUCCACUUUGCUCAGCAACACGUCAAUUACAGAAACGUCUUCCAAUGUUGAAUGUAGUUACCAAAUGACUAAUAACACCGAAGGCUUGCCAAAUAUCUUACAGCUUGAUGUGCCAAUUAUUCCCAAGAAGGACAUAGAAAGUCAUUUGGAUAUCACUGAGGGCAAUACGAUCCAUAAAACAGAAGCAUUCAUUUUGACUGAUUUAUUACUUUCGAACGAUGAUGUGAAUACGUGGACGGGCAUACAAACUUUGGACAUGUUACAGGAAAUAUGUUUAGCUGUGAAAAAACUAGAAGCUGCUGGUUAUCCAAAAAAAUACAGCUUGCAUUGUUCGGAUCGUGUUGUUCUAGUAAUGACGAAACUCAAGCAAAAUUUAUCAUUUGCUGCACUCGCUACAUUAUUUAAGAUUCAUCCUGCUACGGUUUCCAAGUAUUUUGGUCACACUGUACAGUUACUAUUUCAAAUAUUAUCACCGUUUGUGUACAUGCCACCUAAAGAAGAGAUAAAGAAAAAUAUUCCACUUUGCUUCCGCGAAAAUUUCAAAAACGUUACUAUGGUGCUUGAUUGUACGGCGGUAUCUAUAGUGACUCUAAAAUGCCUGAACUGUAGAAUUGCAACGUACUCCCAGUACAAAUCACGACGGACUGCAAAGUUUUUAAUUGGUGUUACUCCAGCUGGAUUAAUAUUGUCGCUGCAGCACUAAUCUGCAAUUCGCUGGACAGUCCAGCGCAGCGACGUUGCCGAGCGACGUCAGUUGAAUUGCCAUUUCCUAUACAUAAACUGAUAGAAUGAUGUUACUUUAUACAUAUUUUGUUGUCUUGUUUAUGAACCACGUGCUUCAACAUAAAUGAAUACAUUGUCUUGCCUCCACUAUCGAAGCACAUAACGAUGGAAUAUUACUUUCUGUAUGCGCUUAAAGUUGCUAAGGUAUGUUUGGGAA